CAUUCUGCCGGUGCACAUCUAUUGACGCUCCUACAUGAGACAGUUCAGACCCAGACUAGAUUCUCCCAUACGCGAACCCAAGAUGUCGACGAGUCUUUAGAAUGACGCACAUUUUGCAAUCGAUUCUGCUCGAAGAAGUAAAUGAUCCUUGGAAAACUGCGGAAAGCUUAUUUUCAGAGCGCCUCUUGGAGGCCUCUAAUUUCGAUGAUUUAAAAUGUUUCGUGAAUCCCACCGGUCAGUAUCUGGAAAGCCUUGGAAAGGAGCUCGCCGUCAGAGAUACCAAAAAUGUCGUUGUUGACUUUGCCACCAUCAUGGGCACAUUGACCGGUCAGUUGACAUACAGACUCAAAACAAGGCGAGAAGUCUUGCAUCUGUACGCAGGAGCAGAUGAUGAGGUUUCGCGUAAUUCAGAACAUAAGGCAGCUGAGUCAGAGUCCUCGCAGCUUACAGAUCCCAAGGAUGAGUCAAAAUCUGAGGAUAUCUCCGGCAGAACACGCCAACUGCAAGAAUUCACGUCAAAAAUGACCUUGUGUGACGAAACAGGAAAUGACCGACAACAAAGUCUGCAUCAUGACGAUCUCCGAGACUAUUACGAGCUCGUCGGGAAAGAGGCCGCAGAGCUCGAGGCAGAAAUCGCAGCUGGCAACAUCAACUCCGUGUACACAUUCCACUCCAAUAUGACAGUCGAGACGAUAAACUUUCCCAGUCCAUAUAUGCAAUGUGGGCAUGGGCCGGGUUUCCCAUUGAAGGAAAACCAAGCUUGGUUGUACCGAAAUUGCCCGACAUCUAUGAAGUACCCGAAGAAAUACUCGGGCUGCGCGACUCCACGAAGCUCAACUUCGCCAGCACCAAAGAAGACAACAGCACAUCAGGUUGAGGGUCAUGGAUAACAUUAGGCUGAAGAUCGGUGGUCAAUCCCGCGUCCAUCGCCAGCUCACGAGUUGACCAGACAGUGUAGCUCUAACAAGUUUACUCUUAAGACUCAAUCCCACUCUGACUUAGGACCGUGGACACCCACAGGGGCCUCAGCAAUUGC